UUUUCCAGGCAACGUAAAGAUGGACACCGCAGGGGUCAAAGUGCUGGAGACAGCCGAGGACAUCCAGGAGCGUCGGCAGCAGGUGCUUGACCGCUACCGUCGUUUCAAGGACCUGUCGAUUAUGCGCCGGGCGAAGCUGGAGGACUCAUACAGCUUCCAGUUUUUCCGCCGUGACGCAGACGAGUUAGAGAAGUGGAUCCAGGAGAAGCUGCAGAUCGCCUCCGAUGAGAACUACAAGGACCCGUCCAACCUGCAGGGUAAGCUGCAGAAACAUCAGGCGUUUGAAGCUGAAGUUCAGGCCAACGCCGGUGCCAUCAUCAAACUGGACAAGACUGGAAACGUGAUGAUCACAGAGGGACACUUCGCCUCUGAGAUCAUUCGAACUCGUCUGGAGGAGCUGCAUCGUCUGUGGGACCUCCUGCUGCAAAGGACCAAGGAGAAGGGCAUGCGUCUGCUUCAGGCCCAGAAACUGGUCCAGUACCUGCGUGAGUGUGAGGAUGCCCUGGACUGGAUCAGUGAUAAGGAGGCCAUGGCCACCUCUGAGGAGCUGGGCCAGGACCUGGAGCACGUGGAGCUCCUGCAGAAGAAGUUUGAGGAGUUCCAGACCGACCUGGCGGCUCACGAGGAGCGUGUGAACGAGGUGAACCAGCUGGCAGCGAAGCUGAUCCAGGAGAGUCACCCUGAGGCCGAGCUCAUCGUUCGCAAGCAGGAUGAGGUCAACGCGGCCUGGCAGCGCCUGAAGGGUCUGGCCCAGCAGAGGCAGGGGAAGCUGUUCGGGGCUGCUGAGGUGCAGCGCUUCAACAGGGAUGUGGACGAGACCAUCAGCUGGAUCAAGGAGAAGGAGCAGCUGAUGGCCUCUGAUGACUUUGGCCGUGACCUGGCCAGUGUGCAGGCGCUGCUGCGCAAACACGAGGGUCUGGAGAGAGACCUGGCUGCUCUGGAGGAUAAAGUCAACACUCUGGGUGGUGAUGCAGAGCACCUGCAGCAGACACAUCCACAGAACGCCUCCCAGAUUCACCUGAAGAAAGACGAACUCGUCACCAACUGGGAACAGAUUCGCACUCUGGCUGCCGAGCGCCAUGCCCGCCUCAACGACUCAUACAGGCUGCAGCGCUUCACGGCUGACUUCAGGGAUCUGACCAGCUGGGUGACGGAGAUGAAGGCCCUGAUCAAUGCUGACGAACUGGCCAAUGACGUGGCUGGAGCUGAGGCUCUGCUAGACCGCCACCAGGAGCAUAAGGGAGAGAUUGAUGCUCAUGAGGACAGUUUCAGAGCCACUGAUGAGGCUGGUAAUGCUUUACUGAACACAGGACACUACGCUUCGGAGGAGGUCAAGGAGAAGCUGGGCAUCCUCACUGAGGAGAAGGAGUCUCUGCUGGAGUUGUGGGAGGUUCGCAGGCAGCAGUAUGAGCAGUGCAUGGACCUGCAGCUCUUCUACAGGGACACUGAGCAGGUUGACAACUGGAUGAGUAAACAAGAGGCUUUCCUCCUGAACGAAGACCUCGGUGACUCUCUGGACAGCGUGGAGGCACUGCUGAAGAAACAUGAGGACUUUGAGAAGUCUCUGAGUGCCCAGGAGGAGAAGAUCACUGCCCUGGACGAGUUUGCUACCAAACUGAUCCAGAACAAUCACUACGCCAAAGAAGACGUGGCCACACGUAGAGAUGCUCUGCUCAGCCGUCGUAAUGCUCUGCAUGAGCGUGCUCAGUCUCGCCGCGCCGCUCUGGAGGACUCUUUCCGCCUGCAGCAGUUCUUCAGGGACUCUGACGAGCUCAAGAGCUGGAUCAACGAGAAGAUGAAGACUGCGACUGAUGAAGCUUACAAGGACCCCUCCAACCUGCAGGGCAAGGUGCAGAAACACCAGGCUUUUGAAGCUGAGCUGUCGGCAAACCAAAGCCGCAUCGAUGCUCUGCAGAAGAACGGCCAGGAGCUGCUGGAUGGAAAACAUUACGCCUCCACUGAGGUGGCUGGACGCAUGGAGGAGGUCAGCUCCCAGUGGAAGAAACUGCUGGAAGCCACUGAACUCAAAGGCAUCAAGCUCCGUGAGGCCAACCAGCAGCAGCAGUUCAACAGGAACGUGGAGGACAUUGAGCUGUGGUUAUACGAGGUCGAAGGUCACCUGGCUUCAGACGACUACGGCAAAGACCUGACGAGUGUCCAGAACCUGCAGAAGAAACACGCACUGCUGGAGGCAGACGUGGCCGCUCACCAGGAUCGUAUCGACGGCAUAACGAUUCAGGCUCGCCAGUUCCAAGAGGCUGGACAUUUCGAUGCUGACAACAUCCGCAAGAAACAGGAGGCGUUAGUUGUUCGUUAUGAAGCUCUGCGUGAGCCCAUGGCCGCACGCAAGCAGAAGCUCUCCGACUCUCUCAGGCUGCAGCAGCUGUUUAGAGACAUGGAGGAUGAAGAGACUUGGAUCCGUGAGAAAGAGCCCAUCGCUGCCUCCACUAACAGAGGCAAAGACCUGAUCGGUGUCCAGAACCUGCUGAAGAAGCACCAGGCCCUGCAGGCUGAGAUCACCGGUCAUGAGCCUCGCAUCAAGGCUGUCACCCAGAAAGGAGAGGCCAUGGUCGAGGAAGGACAUUUUGCUGCUGAGGAUGUGAAAGUGAAGCUGGCUGAUCUUCAUGGACGCUGGGACACAUUGAAGGCUAAAGCGUCCCAGAGGAGACAGGACCUGGAGGACUCUCUGCAGGCUCAGCAAUACUUUGCAGACGCCAAUGAGGCCGAGUCUUGGAUGAGGGAGAAGGAGCCGAUCGUGGGGAGCCCCGACUACGGCAAAGAUGAGGACUCUGCUGAGGCUCUGCUGAAGAAGCACGAGGCUCUGAUGUCGGACCUGAGCGCCUACGGCAGCAGCAUCCAGAGUCUGAAGGAACAGGCUCAGUCCUGCAGGCAACAAGUGGCGCCGACUGAUGACGAGACCGGGAAGGAGCUGGUCCUCGCUUUGUAUGACUACCAGGAGAAGAGCCCCCGAGAAGUGACCAUGAAGAAAGGAGACGUCCUGACGCUGCUCAACAGCACCAACAAGGACUGGUGGAAGGUGGAGGUGAACGAUCGUCAGGGUUUCGUUCCUGCUGCGUACGUGAAGAAGCUUGACCCCACUCAGUCGUCCUCCAGGGAAAACCUGCUGGAUGAACACGGCAGCAUCGCACUGCGCCAGGACCAGAUAGACAAUCAGCUUGUCACCAAGGAGGCCUGCAGCGUGUCUGUGCGCAUGAAGCAGGUGGAAGAGCUGUACGGCACCCUGCUGGAGCUGGGAGAGAAACGCAAAGACAUGUUGGAGAAGAGCUGCAAGAAGUUCAUGUUGUUCCGCGAGGCUAACGAGCUCCAGCAGUGGAUCAACGAGAAGGAGAGCGCCCUCACCAACGAAGAGGUCGGCUCCGACCUGGAGCAGGUCGAGGUCCUGCAGAAGAAGUUUGACGACUUCCAGAAGGACCUGAAGGCCAACGAGUCUCGUCUGAGGGACAUCAACAAAGUUGCAUCUGAGCUGGAGUCUGAAGGCCUCAUGGCAGAGGAGGCGCCCAUGGUUCAGGCUCAGCAACAAGAGAUGCUCGGUUCUGCUCCCGGCAAGGAUGAAGCUGAUUCUAAGACUGCGUCUCCCUGGAAGAAUAUACGCUUGGCUGUUCAAACAACGGCUAACUUUAAUACUAUCAAGGAGCUGAAUAAUCGCUGGCGCUCUCUGCAGCAGUUGGCUGAGGAGAGGAGCAACAUGCUGGGCAGUGCACACGAGGUGCAGCGAUUCCACAGAGACGCUGAUGAAACCAAAGAGUGGAUUGAGGAGAAGAACCAAGCUCUCAACACUGACAACUACGGUCACGACUUGGCCAGUGUUCAGGCUCUGCAGCGCAAACACGAAGGCUUCGAGAGAGACCUGGCCGCCCUCGGGGACAAGGUGAACUCUCUGGGCGAGACGGCAGAGCGUCUGAUCCAGUCCCACCCAGAGGCUGUGGACGACAUCCAGGAGAAAUGCACCGAGCUGAACACCGCCUGGAGCAGCCUGGUGGGUCGUGCUGACCAACGCAAGGACAGACUUGGAAACUCCCAUGACCUGCAACGCUUCCUGUCGGACUUCAGAGAUCUGAUGUCCUGGAUUAACGGCAUCCGAGGGCUUGUGUCCUCAGAGGAGCUGGCAAAGGAUGUGACUGGAGCUGAGGCUCUUCUGGAAAGACACCAGGAACACCGCACGGAGAUCGACGCUCGUGCUGGAACCUUCCAGGCCUUCGAACAGUUCGGCCAGCAGCUGCUGGCGCGAGGCCACUACGCCAGUCCUGAGAUCCAGCAGAAACUGGAGGCUUUGGACCGUGAGCGUGCCGACCUGGAGAAGGCCUGGGUGCAGCGUCGCAUGAUGUUGGACCAGUGCCUCGAGCUUCAGCUCUUCAACAGAGACUGCGAACAGGCCGAGAACUGGAUGGCUGCUCGUGAAGCGUUCCUCGCCAGUGACGACAAGGGCGACUCCUUGGACAGCGUUGAAGCGCUCAUCAAGAAACAUGAAGACUUUGACAAGGCCAUCAAUGUGCAGGAGGAGAAGAUCGCCGCCCUGCAGUCCUUUGCUGAUCAGCUGGUCGGAGCUGAUCAUUACGCCAAACCUGAGAUCUUCAACCGACGCAAUGAAGUCCUGGAUAGAUGGCGCCGCCUGAAGGCCCAGAUGAUCGAGAAGCGUUCGAAGCUGGGUGAAUCUCAGACUCUGCAGCAGUUCAGCCGAGAUGUGGACGAGAUAGAAGCUUGGAUCAGCGAGAAGCUGCAGACUGCGACUGAUGAAUCCUACAAAGACCCAACGAACAUCCAGCUGUCCAAGCUGCUGAGUAAGCAUCAGAAACAUCAAGCGUUUGAGGCAGAGCUGCACGCCAACGCAGACAGGAUCCGUGGCGUCAUCGAUACCGGCAACGCCUUGAUUCAGAGAGGAGCCUGCGCCGGCAGCGAGGACGCUGUCAAGGCACGCCUCAACGCUCUGGAUGAACAGUGGCAGUUCCUCGUCAACAAGUCAGCAGAGAAGAGCCAGAAACUCAAAGAGGCCAACAAGCAGCAGAACUUCAACACCGGCAUCAAGGACUUUGACUUCUGGCUCUCUGAGGUCGAAGCUCUUCUCGCAUCUGAGGAUUAUGGUAAAGAUCUGGCCUCAGUCAACAACCUGCUGAAGAAACACCAGCUGCUGGAGGCUGAUAUCUCUGCCCAUGAGGAUCGUCUGAAGGACCUGAACGGCCAGGCGGACAGCCUGAUGGGCAGCAGCGCCUUCGACACCACGCAGGUGAAGGACAAGCGCGAUGCCGUCAACUGCCGCUUCACCAAGAUCAAGAGCAUGGCAGCCGGGCGCCGAGCUAAACUCAACGAGUCCCACCGCCUGCAUCAGUUCUUCAGGGACCUGGAUGAUGAAGAGUCUUGGAUCAAAGAAAAGAAGUUGCUCGUGAGUUCGGAGGACUACGGACGUGAUUUGACAGGUGUACAGAAUCUGAGGAAGAAACACAAGAGACUGGAGGCCGAGCUGGGAGCGCACGAGCCGGCCAUUACGUCGGUGCUGGACACUGGGAAGAAGCUGUCUGAUGACAACACCAUCGGUCAGGAGGAGAUCCAGCAGAGGCUCGCCCAGUUUGUCGACCACUGGAAGGAACUCAAAGACUUAUCUGGAGCGAG